AUGUCGACAUCAACGUCACCGGCACCGGACGCGACGAGCACGGCAAAUCGCGCGUCCUCACGCGUUCGAAAACAGCCCGACCACUUCACAUGCAGCCCGUUUUCUAGCAGCAAGCGCAAACGAGGUGAUGCCGAGGAUGCAGACGCUGAUGGUGAUGUCGAUAUGGACGACGAGGAAGACGACGAGGCAGACCAGGAUCCAGAAGACGACGAGCCCGCAGAGGAAGAGAUCCGCGAGAAGGCGAAGCGGGUGCGCAAGCCGAAGAGCAGCGCGCCCAAGAAGCCAGCGUUGAAGAAGCCAAAGGUCAACGGAACGACCACUCUGCCGCUUCGCACCGCAGCGAAGGCUCCAGCUAGGAAACGCGCGUCCAAGAAGGCCAAGAUCGCAGACAGCGCAGACGCAGAGGCCGCGGGUGGGCUAUAUGCAGAGCUCUUUGGACACGGCAAGACCAUCGAGGAGGUUGUGGCGGGGUGGCUCCAGGCCUUCCAAGAGCACGAGGCUCGCGCAUUGGCAGACGUGAUCAACUUCGUUCUGAAGUCGGCCGGCUGCAACAGCAAGCUCAGCGACCACGACAUCGAGAACCCGGAUAGUGCUGCUGCUAAACUCACAGACCUGCAAGACGAGUACCAAGCGACCGAGCCCUCCGACUACCCGAUCAUCGCCAAAGGCAAGAACGCCGCAUCCUUCAAGGCCAGCAUGUGCGGGCUCAUGCAUGCUUUGAUCAAGUCGGUUGGAGCAAGAGGCGAGUUGAUGACGGAGCCAGAGCUCAUAGAGAACAUUCACGUGUGGCUGUCGACGAUGAGCUCAGCAAGCAAUCGUUCGUUCAGACAUACCGGUGCAGUCUGCUGUUUGAGUGUGUUGAGCGCACUCUGCGAAAUCACCAAGGACAUUGCGCAGAAGUCAGCCGAGAACUCGCGACACGCUGAAAACGAGCGUAAGAAGGGCAAAGGCGUGAACAAGGAGCGAGUGAAGAACAUUGAGCAAAAGGCGAGGGAUGCACAUAAGGAGCUACAAUUCGCGGAAGUUUUGCUCAAGGAUUGGUUCGACACGGUCUUCAUCCACCGCUACCGUGAUGUGGACCCAGUCGUUCGACGAGACUGCAUCGAAGCUCUUGGGGACUGGAUCAUUACAUAUCCAGACCACUUCUUCGAUGGCCAACAUCUGCGAUACAUGGGCUGGCUGUUGAGUGACGAGAAUUCGGCAGCUCGUAGUGAGGUGGUAAAGACGCUCAUCCACUUGUAUGGCGAACAGAGCAGGAUCGGUGGACUCAAGACCUUUACUGAGCGCUUCCGUGCUCGGCUGGUCGAGAUUGCCACUGCAGAUACUGACCUGCACAUUCAAGUCCUCGGCAUAGAACUGAUUGAAGUGCUACGCAGGAACGAUCUACUGGAGCCUGACGACAUUGACGCUGUUGGACGGCUGGUCUUCCACGACAAUCCGAAAGUACGGAAAGCCGUGGCCGGGUUCUUUUCUGCCAACGUGGAUGACCUCUACACAUCAAAACUGGAAGAGCUCGGCGGAUCUGAAGCUCUAGAGGAAGUCAUGCCCGAAGCCAACGAAGACAACUUCGAGACACCGAGAGUCGAAUGGCUGAGGUACAAGUCCUUGGCAGAGAUGCUUCAUGAGUACGACCAGGAUGUCAAUUUGCCGAGCAAUGUGGAGCGCAGCACUGCAGAUGGCACUCUCAUACUGCAUGCAGCUGGUGUGGACUCGCGCUUUACGCUGGCUGCGGACGUUCUGUACGACAGCAUUGAUGAUCUCAAGGACUGGCAGGCUCUGUCUGGGUACCUCUUGUUCGACCACUCUGCAAAUCGUGCCAACGGGGUGGCUAAUGACCCUUUGUCGCAGCUCAAGCACGAGUGCACUCUGACCGAGAACGAAGAAAUUGUGCUCCUCGAAGUGCUUAUUGCGGUAGUAAGGCGUUCCUUGACCGAUCUGGCCGAAAAGAUCUCCGGACCAAAAACCAAGCUGUCGAAGAAGCAAAAGGAAGAUUUACAGGACGAUCAAGACGAGGCCGUACGAAACCUGAGCGAGGUCACACCAAAGCUGCUGAAGAAGUUUGGAGACGUGCCCAAUACGGCGGGCGCUGUCCUGCGUUUGGGCGGCGUGCUUGCACUGCCUUCACUACAGGGACUACGUCAAGACUCAGCUGACAGCGCGACAUUACUGGACGCUCUGCGCAAGCAAUUCAUGGCACAUGGCACCGACGAGGUACUUGGUCCAGCUACUGCCUCAAUUCUGCACGCCCUUUCUUACGAUGAGCUUGACGAGUCAGCUCUCGAGAAAGUCAACAGUCUGUGGGAGGAUGUCGUUGGCAAUCUGGCGGAACUGCUCACCGUGGAAAGUGUCAUGGUCCGUGGCGCUACAUCACACGAAGAAUUGCAAGCGCUCAGCAACAAUUUGCUGCGCAUCGUCAGACUGGCAACAGUGUCGAAUUGCACUCAAGCACUGGAAGAUGACAGCGUGUCAGGGACUUAUGAAGCCAUCGACAAGACGUACAGUGGCGCGAUCGACUUCAUCAUUGAUCUAAUACUGCGCGCGACUCCACCAAGCAACUCGGCCGAUGUCGAUGCUGAAGAUGCUGCAUUGGAAGACUUGGUCGCUUCCCGUGCGGCCGAAGCUGCGCUGUGGUACUUCAGAUGGAAUAUUGCAAGCGUGAUGACUGCCGUGGAGGGUGGUAACGCCGAGGAUACUGACAUCGCUGCUCUCGAACCGCUGGCAACACGACACACCGCGUACUCUGAGAAUCUCGUCACUGUGAUGCAGUCGCGGCGUGCCACAGAACCUGUUUGCCAUGCAAUGACAGUCUGUCUGCUCGAGCUGUACACAAACUCUGCUGUCUUACGGACUGUCAAUGCGGCGCCGAACGUCAGUGAUACCUAUACCGUACUCAUUCUCGACAUGACCGCAGAGCAUGAGAAGGCGAUCAUGAAGGUCUUUGUCACAGCGGAGAAGGAAUUCGCUAAGCUCAGCGGCAAGAAGCUAGAAGUGCCAGUCGCGGAAGCUGUAAAUGAUGUUGAAGAUGAUGAUGUCGAUGUUGACGCCGAUCCUGUCGAUGACGACCCUCUAUCUGACGACGAUGACGAGGAUGAGACGCAGCCACAGACUCAAGCAUCGCAGCAGAAGCGAGACGAGAAGCUCAUCAAGCCCAUCCUCGCGGAGCAACGUCUAUGUGUGUUGACAUCUCGACUGGUCCAUGCCAUCGCAGGCGGUGUCAUCAACGACACAGUAACACGAAAGAGAGUAGAGCGCAACAAGACCAAGCUUGGGCCCAACUUCAAGGAAGUGCUCGCCUACCUCGAGAACGAUAGUCUCAUCAAGAAGGCGACCAAGGCAAAGCCGAAGCCCAGGGCAAAGCCACAAGCCCCGGCUGUCACGAAUGGCACAUCAAAGAAGACCAAAGCGAACCCAAAGAGCAACGCCAUCGUCGCUGAUGAUGAGAUGAGCGACGACAUCGAAGACGAAGAACAAGAGGAGGCAGCACGGCAAGAGCGUGAGCUGGAGGACGACAACGAGCGUGAACCAGAGGAGGAUGAAGAGGUGGUCAACGGCGCGCCGACGGAAGAGGAGAGUGUCCUAGGCGACUAG